AUGGGUUACGACGACGUAAUCUCACAUAUAAAAGAAAUCGGCCCGUAUCAACGAAGAAUAUUCGUCGUCAACUUCUUACCAGCACUAACGAGCGCCAUUCACGUGAUGGGAGCAGUUUUCCUGGGAGGCGUACCAGAGUUUAGAUGUUUGACACCCGAGGAAGACCAAGGAAAUGCAACCUACGAUCUGGAACCAGAUACGGCAAACAUUACGCAUCCAUGGGUUGACGCGACGCAAAGUUGGUCGCGGUGCGAAAGAUACAACACAACUCAGAUUGAUCUCUAUCAGCUACGGAGUGGCAAUUCGUCGUCGAAACCUGCUGCUGUCAAGUGUGACUCUUUUGCUUACGAUGACAGCCAAUACGGGGUAACCGCCUCAACUCAAUGGGAUCUAGUAUGCGAUGAUGCAUGGUUGAAAACUGCCAGCGAGUCACUGUUCAUGCUAGGAGUGAUGUUGGGAGUUUUGACUUUCGGUGCAUUGUCUGACAGAUACGGACGCAAGCGAAUGCUCAUAUGGGGUUCAAUAUUGCAAUUGAUUUCCGGACUGCUAGUCGCUGCUUCGCCUAAUUUCACGAUGUACGUCAUUUUCAGAGUGCUCGUCGCGACGACAAGUACUGGACUUUACGUUGUGGCUUACGUUGCUGCAAUCGAGAUGGUUUACCGAAAGAAGAAAAUUCCAGCCGGGACAAUUAGUCUCUUUUUCAUAGGAGGUUGCCUUCUGACUGUCGGUUUUGCAUAUUUCAUUAGAAAUUGGAGAAUUCUACAGCUGGCCUAUACCGCGCCAACCCUUUUAUUCCUAGCAUUAUCGUGGUCUAUCCCGGAAUCUGCACGAUGGCUGCUGAGCAAGGGUCGCGUGGAAGAGGCAAAAAAUAUACUUCACAAGGCAUCGAUGGAAAAUGGGGUCGUAUUGCCGCGAGAUGCAUUGAACGAAUUGCUGACAAUUGAAAGUGGAAAUAAAGCGAACAGUAAAAAAUCUUCAUUGCUUGAUAUUCUCAGAUACCCAAACAUCAGGAAAAGGAGUCUGAUACUCGCCACCAUAUGGUUGCUCAACAAUUGCACGUAUUUUGGUCUGUCAUGGAACACCGCGAACCUUGGAGGCAGUGUUUACGUGAAUUCUGCAAUUGCUGCCCUCGUGGAGCUACCCGCAGCCGCAUUCUUAAUUUUUACAGUUGACAAGUGUCGGAGGAAGGUUAUUUUGGGUGGUUGUAUGACGCUUACGUUGAUAUCAUUACUUUCAACAACUCUCGUUCCUACCGACAUGACGUGGCUAGUAACAGGUUUGGCCAUGGCGGGGAAAUUGACAAUCACAGUAUCGUAUUCAACCCUCUACGUCUUUACGUCGGAACAGUAUCCUACGGAGUUGAGGAAUGUUGGCGUUGGAACUUGUUCAGCUAUCGCUCGGCUCGGUGGAGUGGUAGCACCUAUGAUUAUCAAGUUGUCCGAAAUUUCGGCGCUUUUGCCACUUGUUAUUUGGGGAUGUAGCUUAGUGCUCGCCGUUUUGCUGUUGGUACUCCUUCCGGAGACGUCGAAAAAAAAGCUACCGGAAACAAUAGAAGAGGUGGAAGGAUUUGGAAAGCGUGAGAGUAAACGUGAACGUGCCAACCACUUCUUGAAUGGUGUUAAUAACACCCAGGUGUUGCAGAAACUGACAAAUUAAUCGUUUCAAAUAGUUGAAG